GCUGGGCUCAUGGCUGGGAAUGCCGUCCCUUUUCCCUCUCCGAAAACUUUUAAAAUCUCCAUUUUCCCGGUUAACAAACAUCAUUUUCCGUGAAAAAAAAAAUUCAUCUAAAAGACUAAAGGACUAGAGGAAAAGGAAAAAGAAGAUGGAACCAGUGGUGGCAACGGUGAGUGGAUACCACGGAUUGCAGCGGUUCAACCUAAUCAAGCUCAUAUCUGUUGCCGGUGCCAGUUAUGUCGGCUGUUUGACUCAAUCAACCACUCAUUUGGUAUGUUGGAGAUUUGAAGGAAGGAAAUAUGAGCUUGCUAAGAAGUUAAAGACGAUAAUCGUAAAUCAUCGAUGGUUUGAAGAUUGUAUAAAGGAAGGAAAGCGUUUGCCUGAGGGUCCUUAUAUGUUGCGAAGUGGAGAAGAAAUGGGACCUUUGUUGCUGGAGAUUCCUGAUGUUGCUAAGGGAGAUGCCUUGAUUAAGAAGUGCAAAGUGUUUUCUGACAAAUCUAAUGUUCAUGAUGGGGUUGGAAAUGAAACAACUGAUGUCGACCGUGGAGCUUCUGGCUUAUCUGGUUGGUCCAAAUCUGCAUUGUUGGAUGAGAAUCUUUUUCAAGAGCAUGGGAGAAACAGUUCGCAUAAACUGAAAUCUAAAGCAUUUAGAAAGUCUCCGACGGAGGAAAAUUUGUUUAGUGGUAGAAACUGCUUUCAGGAGACUAGUUCAACUGGAUUUUCUCGGGAGGAGCAUGAAGAGUUGUUUUCUUAUGCUUCGGUGCCUACAAUGAGGAACAAAAGGAAGAUCUCAAAGAACAAAGAACCAAGUUCCGCUCAGCUGAUGAGGGAAGAAAGAGAUAUUCCUAAUGGUAGCAGAGGCACUCCUUUGGCCGAAUCUUCUAAGAGAAAAGGACGGAGGCUUGUGAAAAACGUUAAUAGAGAAUCAGUAGUGUUUGACAUUUCAGACUCUGACCAAGAGUGCCAUCCAGCCCUCAGAGUACAUAAGCCAUACGUUGGAGUUACAAGUCCAUCUGGGCAUUCGCUUGAUGGGAUUGUUAGUUUAUCUCAAAUUGGUGGACCAUCUUAUCGUGACUUCAGUGAGCAUAUCAGAUUAGAUGAAGAAAUUGAAGAAGUUGAGGAGAUCAAAUUGAGGGAUAACGGACCUCCUUCCAAUGAUUUAACUUCACCAGGAAAGGGUGCACAACCUGUCUCUGGAAGAACUUCACCAGAUAGGUGCUCUGAUGCUGAGAGAGAGAACCAAGAUGUUACUUCCAGAUUAUCCACAUCAAUGAAUUUAUCUUGCGUUAUAUGUUGGACUGAGUUUAGUCCAACAAGAGGGGUUUUGCCUUGUGGACAUCGAUUUUGUUAUUCAUGUAUCCAAGAAUGGGCUGACAAAAUGACUUCAAGGAGAAAGGCUCCAUGUUGUCCCUUGUGCAAGGCAAUUUUCAUAAGCAUCACAAAAGUGGAGGAUGCAGCCAUCUCAGAUCAAAAGAUUUUCUCCCAAACCAUUCCUUGUGCCACAUCAACAUUGGAUGUUUCUAUUCUUUCUGAUCAAGAAAGAACUGGUUUUGGUGCUCAGUCCUCAGCAGCUUCUGUUUGCAUCAAGUGCCGUCUGCGAGAACCCGAGGAUCUUCUUAUCAGCUGUCAUUUUUGUCAGAUACGAAAUAUCCAUAGAUACUGUCUUGAUCCUCCUUUAUUACCCUGGACUUGUAUUCACUGCCAGGAUAUUGAGAGGCUCAACCCUUACAUCUUCUAAUAUACAUAAAACUCCAUGAUGAUAAUGCAUCCAGAACAUGUCAUCUUUGACAGUGUUGUCUCUUAA